UCCUGACUUCGGACGAAGACGUUGCCUUAAUCUAGAAGGCCAUUACGCAUCAGCCAUUGUGGAAGGAGACAUCCGAAGUGAAUUCUGGCCUCGACGCACUUCCCAAAUAUUGCGUUUCGAGCUAAUCAUUAUCGGGUAGAUACAGUACCCGGUUUAGGCGCAACGGCUGGCAUGAUAUCAGUGCCAAUAAUAGCAGGGAAUAUCACGGAAGCAUGUUCACCACCGGUCGUUAUUUUAUAUCCAGCAGAUUUGUUUCGGUAGACUGCUUGUCAGACGUUGGAUCAAGAAAUCUUUUCGACCAUCUCCCUUCGGACCACCUUAAUUUCUUGCCCAAGUGUCUAGCAGUGCUACGAUGGCGAUGUUCUACCUCCUGGCGACCUUAUGCGUUCUGGCUUUUUUUCUCUACAAAGUUGUCGUCUAUCCAGCCUUUGACUCGCCGCUUGCCAAAAUACCGUUUGCGCAUUGGUCAUGCGCUUUCAGCGACGCCUGGAUUCUGUGGAUGAGAUGGACGCAGCGCGAGAACCAAGAGGUUUAUAGGUUGCAUAUGGAGAAAGGUACGGCUGUACGGCUGGCCCCUAAUCUUGUCAGUAUCAACUGUUUCGACGAUGGCCUGAAGACCAUCUACCAGGGCGGCUUUCCAAAGCCGAAAUGGUAUCUGUACGCCUUUGCUGUUUAUGGUGUUGGAAAUCUGUUCACUAUCCAAGAUAAUGAGACGCAUUCAGCACAAAAGCGCAUCAUGUCUCAUACGUUCUCCAAGUCCUUCAUUAUGGCGUCGCAAUCAGCCCGAGCCGCUAUUAACGAGACUCUGUUCCAAAGGGUUCUCCCACUUCUCUACGAAGCUGCAUUAUCUGACAAGGCCAUCGAAGUGAUCGAGUUCAACUACUCCUACUAUCUCGACACAUUUGUGCAGUGGCAAUUCGGACGAUCGCUUCGCAGCAAUUUGGUCGAGAAUGAGGAAGAGCGAAGGUUGUACCUGGACGGCUUCUUUGGCAUCUCAAAAUUCACAUUCUGGCAGUAUUACUUUCCCCAUUUGUCAAAUGCUCUUCGCAAAAUCGGUAUCUACCUGAUCCCCAAAUGGGUUGAUGCUGGUUUCCAGGAAGUCGAGGACUGGAAUAUGGCAAAAUGCGACAAAGCUCACCAACUAUUGGCUACGGAACAAAACAUCUCGGAGGAAGACCAGCCUCUUCUGUUUCGACAGCUCCUGAAGGGCGUAAGCAGUAUCAAUUCAAAACCAAAGCAAUACCCACGACGAUUAGAGGUCGCUAGUGACAUGUUCUCCCUAAACUCUGGUGCAUUCGAGACAAGUGGAAACACAUCGACAUAUUUGUUCUACGAGAUGUGCCGGCAUCCGGAAUGGCAGGCAAAGCUUCGAGAGGAACUGCUGUCAUUGAAGAUGCCCUUGAAACAUAUCCCCGGGAGGAAUGUAGAGGUGGAAGAUAUCACACAGCCUAGAUAUGUGGACGAACUGCCAAUCCUCCACGCGAUUGUCAUGGAAACUCUUCGACUGUGGCCCUCGGUACCUGGUGGACAGCCUAGGAUCGUGCCCCGAUCGUGCACAUUGGGUGGGUAUGAAAACAUUCCAGCAGGGACAGUCGUUCAGUGCUAUGCGUCAGUGUUGCACAAAACGCCCGAGGUCUUUCCCGAGCCUCAUACCUGGAAGCCGGAAAGAUGGCUGGAUGCCACACCUGAGCAACUGGCUUUGAUGAACAGAUGGUUCUGGGGGUUUGGAAGUGGUGGCAGGGGAUGCAUUGGUAAAGCUUUUGCUAUAAACUCUAUCAAAUACCUGUUCGGUGGUGUUUAUACCAACUUCACGACUACAAUUUAUGACCACGGGGACAUGACCCCGGUCGAUAACUACCUAGCAGGUCCCAAGGGCCACAGGCUCGAGGUGAAGUUUAGUCUAGCAGAAUAAAGGGGAA